AUGUAUAAGAAAUAUUUCAUAAAUAAUCUUGAUACACCUUUUGGGCAUGAAUUUUAUUCUUAAUUAUCUAAUUUAGAUUAAAGAGAAAGUUUUCAUUUUGGAUCUGCAAAUUUAAACCAAUAAAAAAAGUUUAAAAAUUUUAAGAUAAUACAAAAUUUUUGGGAUCUGUAUCAAUUCUUAUUUAUAAUAAAUUAGAAAAGAUAUUAUAAAUGAAUGUGAUGUUUUUGUUUAUCAGAUUUAAUAAUCAACCUAAGCAGAACUUGAUUUUAUGUAUGAUUAUUUAUAAAAUCAAAAAUAAAAUUAGAAGGUAUAAUUAAAUUAAUCUAAGGUAUUAAUAGUUGUUUCAUCACUAUUAUCAUGGCAGGCAACUCCUGAUAAGUAAAAUAAAACUUAGUAAAAUAAUUAAAUUAAAGAUUAAACAGAACUUCUUUAACUUGAUUAUUAACAAAAUUAAACAUUUUUUUAAGAUAUAUUUUGGGACGAAAAUGAUUAUAAAUCAAGAUGUUCAUCUUAGAAAGAAGAGGAUUUAUAAGAUUGGGAAGAUUUAUUUUUGAGUAAUAAAAAUGAGAAUUUAAAAGUAAUAAUUAUUAGUGCAGGCCUAAUUUAUGGAAGAAAAGAAGAUUUGUUUUAUAAAUAUUUAAAAGUAUAAAAUUCUAAUUAUAAAGGCAGCUUAUUUAUAAUAACAAACUAAAUUAUAUUAUUAAGGAGACGGUAAGAAUUUAGUUCCAACUAUUCAUAUUAAAGAUUUGAUAUCUAUGAUUAUAUAUGUUUCCGAAACUGUUCCAGAUAAAAAAUAUAUAUUUGCUGUUGACAACACAGAUGAUAGAAAAUUGAAAUCUAUUGUAUAAGGAAUAUCUUCAGGAAUAGGAAGUGGACAUAUCGAAUAAAUUGCUGAUAAAUUAAAUGAUAAAGAAUUAAAACAAAUUUGUGAUUUAAAUUCUUAUGAUUACUAUUGUCUUUAGUUACAUUUGAAUUGCAAACCUUCAAAACUUUUUGUAGGAACUAAAGAAAAUCCAUCAAAUUUUAAAUGGCAUUGUGAGAAAGGAAUUGUUGCUAAUUUAGAUAAACUUUUAUAGGAAUUCUUAAUUUAAUUGCAUGAAAAGUGA